CUAAUAACUACUCAUUGUGACUCAAGGACGGUGAUCGUUCUGUUGUUGAUCUCGAGCCAGCAGAAUGGCAGGCGCGGUGGGUGGCGGUAGGGGCUGCGUGAUGCUCCACGGCGCCCAGAUCCGGGACCUGCUGGACGCGAAGCACAACGUGCUGUUCGACUGCGACGGCGUCAUCUGGAACGGCGAGACGGCCGUGACCGGAGCUCCGGAGGUGGUGAGUCUGCUCAAGCAGCGAGGCAAACGGGUGUUCUUCAUCACUAAUAACUGCACCAGGCCGCGGGAGAACUACGUGCAGAAGUUCAGCCGACUGGGCUUCACGGAUGUGGCCGAGGAGGAGAUCUUCAGCUCGGCGUACUGCUCCGCCGCGUACCUGCGGGAUGUUGCCCGGCUGCAGGGGAAGGUGUAUGUGAUCGGGUGCAGCGGGGUGAUGAAGGAGCUCCAGGAUGCUGCGGUGCCCGUCGUGGAGGAGAAUGGAGAGGAGGAGCCGGGUACCAGCAUCUAUAACUGCCCCCUGGAUCCGGAUGUGAAAGCUGUGCUGGUGGGUUAUGAUGAGAAUUUUACCUUCAUGAAACUGGCCAAAGCCUGCUGCUAUCUGAGGAACUCUGAGUGCCUGUUUCUGGCCACUGACCCUGACCCCUGGCACCCGUUGAGAGGAGGCAGGUUCACUCCAGGUUCUGGGAGUCUCACGGCAGCUUUGGAAACCGCCAGCACCAGGAAGGCGACGGUGAUUGGGAAACCCAGCCGUUUCAUGUUUGAGUGCAUAGCGAGUCAGUUCGACCUUGACCCGGAUCGCUCAUUGAUGGUCGGUGACCGUUUAGAGACGGACAUUCUCUUCGGCAGCAACUGUGGUCUUUCCACCAUGCUCACCCUCACGGGUGUCUCAACCCUGGAGGAGGCACAGAAAUAUAAAGACAGCGAGUCGCUGGAGCAGAAAGACUGUGUACCCGAUUAUGUGGUGGAAUCCAUCGCAGAUUUCCUGCAGGCUUUGGAGGAGUAGUCUUCGGUUCUCUGUUUAGAGUUCAACCUGGAACACAAACAGACCUUCAUUGAUGUAUUUCCAGUUCCAAUCCCAAUGCUGUGUUUUAAAGGAGUGAUUCAACCAAAAAUGAAAAUUCUGUCAUCAUUUACCAUCAUGUUGUUCCAAACCUGUAUGACUUACUUACUGGAGCACAAAGAUACAUUUUGAAGAAUGUACUAGCUGCUCUUUUCCAUAAAAUGAAAGCAAAUAGGGACUCGAGCUGUCGAACUCCAAAAAGACUAAAACGCACCAGAUAAGUCAUAUAAAAGUAGUAUUUCGCUAUAUUCCAAGUCACCCAGAGCUUUUUUGUGGCUUAAGAUCUCUUGGAGUAUACUUUAAAGGCCAGUUCACACUGCCCCAACAAACGUCAACAGACACCAGCACUUCCAACAUUCUAAAGUUGGCUGUUGUAUUUAGAAUGUUGAGAAACAAAACUGUCGUGCUCACACUGAUCCAACAAACACGCUUCUUUGCGUGUCAUUGUUCGCCUUUGAAGACGACUGACAAGGAACAUGCGCAAUUUAAUAUAUAAAUAUUAGGUGCAAUUAAAUAAACAUGUUUAGUAUGUAGAGACAUAAGGCUAUAACCUAUUAAGCACAACUACGUUUUAAAAACUUUUGGUGUUUUCUGGGUUCUUCAUUCCGAGAGUUCCGUUGGAGGACAGCAAAACAGAGCCCACAAAAUGUGGGGUAAGCUAAUAUUUUAUAUUAUUGGAAAUAUACACCAAUCAGCCACAACAUUAAAACCAGCUGCCUAAUAUUGUGUAGGUCCCCCUCGUGCCGCCAAAACAGCACCAACUCACAUCUCAUAAUAGCAUUCAGACAUGCUAUUCUUCUCACCACAAUUGUACAGAGCGGUUAUCUGAGUUACUGUAGACUUUGUCCGUUCGAACCAGUCUGGCCAUUCUCUGUUGACCUCUCUCAUCAACUAGGCGUUUUCGUCCACAGAACUGCCGCUCACUGGAUGUUUUUUGUUUUUGGCACCAUUCUGAGUAAAUUCUAGAGAGUAUUGUGUGUGAAAAUCCCAGAAAUACUCAAACCAGCCCAUCUUUGUUUUUCAUGCAAGUUAAGAGCGCUUCAGCACAAAUUAACCUCUUGCCUAUUUGUACAUAUUUCAUCACGCGUGUCAUCCACGCAAACUGUCAACCCAACACUAACAUAAGCUUUUGUUUUCUUUAGAAAGGAACAGAAUGCUUUAAUAAGUUUGAUUAAAGAUUAAUCAUGAUUGACCGUGUUUCUCCUGCUCCAUCAAUGCAGGUGCUGCCGCACGCAUUCAUUUUCUGUGAGUUGACAGGACACUUACCACAUUGUCAUAGCAACGGUUGGCGCUAAAGUCAGAUUACGUCAGAGUUGGUUGGAGUGUGGUGAAAAAUCAUACCAGACUGCUCAAACAUUCCAAGACUUGAAAUCCCUUAUGAAAAUCGAGCGUUCAUGAAAAAAAAAAAAAAAGAUAGGGAAUUGUUAACCAUGGCUAACAACUGUGAAACUUUAGUUAUUUAAAUAAAUAUUCCGGGUUCAGUACAAAUUCAGCUCAAUCAACAGCAUUUAUGGCAUAAUGUUGUUUACCACUAAAAUUGCUUGUGACUCUUCCGUUCUUUUCUUUAAAUAAAAAAGCAAAAAUCAAGGUUACAGUGGAAGUCAAUGGGGCCAAUAUUUGGAAGAUUUAACCCUUUAAGCUCUGAAGGUGUUUCUAAAGAUUUCCUGUUUCAGUGGCAUAUCCAAAAUUAAAGGCUUAUAACUACAAAAAAAAGUGUUUGGUAUCACUGUAAAGAAAACUUAAAAAAAAAAUAUAAUAUACAUUAUGAUACAUUCUAAGACUCUCAGCCUAAGAAACUGCUGAAAAGUAAUAAACAAUUGAGCCAAAAAUGUACUUUUUUGCUUAUUUUUCUGAUUUGACAUUAUAUAUCUCUGGGUGUAUAUAAGGUGGCUCAGAAAAACAGAUUGUGUUUUGUUCCCGAUCAUGUCAACUGCAUUUGAGAAAAUUGUUGUGUUGAUACAACAAAGCAGUCAAAAGUUAUGGCAUUACAAAAAUAAGUUAUCAUAGUGUCCAAAAACGUCUCCAAGUGUCCAAAAGCCUCUCCAAACCAAUAAAACAUAAGAAUUGUACAUAAGAACUAAUUACACUUACAAACACAACAAUGACUAAUGGUUUGCAUAGCAUGGAAACAUGAUUUAAGAAAUAAGAUUUCACAGAAUGAGUUUCAUACUGUGCCAUUUGAGUCAUCAUUGAGUCUGAGUCAUGUAUUUGGCACCAUCUCCUGGUGGCCAUAUGUAACAUUGUGCUUCGUGUGGAUUAUCUAAUGAUCUGUGCUUCCGAUUACCUUGUGGUAUCUUGUGCCGCAAAUUCGCCACUGAUCAUUUUUACAUGCAAAUGAGCUUUGCGGCAAACUUGUGGCAAUUGUCCAUUGUUGCCAAAGGUUUGCCGGAGGUUCACCUCUACCGGCGAAGACUUCUGCAAACUUCUGGCAAACAUUUGCAGCGAAUCAAAAGCUCGUUUGCAUGUGAAAAUAACGAGUGGCAAAUUUGGAACAGAAAUUCAGCUUUUGUGUUCCAUGCAAGAAAGUCAUACAGGUUUUGAACAACAUAAGGGUGAGUAAUGAUGACAGAGGGUCUGUUCCAAAACUUGGUGAGCUGCCUUGCUCUCUUCUAUGGCAGCAUCCUUACUGAACUGAUGCCUCAUAAGAGAGUGAUUUUGAACACUCUUCAUAUGCGGUAGCUUCAUGUGUCAUUCAAAUAGCGAUUUUCACGUGUGGCGAACGCGAGAGGAACAACGCAAUACUGUAAUGAGCAUAAAUACGCAUAAUACACAAACCAUUUGGGCAAAACCGCAUGUCAGUUUUCUAUGAUAUUAAACAGUUUUUUUUUAUUGAUACUUUUCAGUAAUGAAUGUAUAAGAAGUAUAUUUAUAAUCACAAUUUCCCUCUCUUCGUCCGCCAUCUUGGAUUUAUUUUUCCACUGAGCUCAUCGCGGUGCAUUCUGGGAUCACCUACCCGGGGAAGGAUAAAUAGGAUGCUACCUUAAAAUGUGUCCAAAAUUAGGUAUCUUAUGAGGCAGCAUAAUUAAGAUACCUACGUUUUGUAAAAGCCUUCGCGUUGGGAUCGUGCAUAUGAUAUCUUAAAAUGCUGCCUCCGGAGGAAGCUCACUAGGUUUUGGAACAGGCCCUCUUGAGAAUUUUCAUUUUUCCUUCAAAAUUUAGUUCCAGGUCCUGUGAAUUUUAGCGUCACCAUGACUUGGUUAAUGUAACCCCAUGAAUUCUCACAUGUUUGUCAAGAGUCAAAUGACAUGGAUGUAUGUUGUGUUUGAGAUGCCUAGUCAAACACUGGAUACUCACCUUAAAUGUUCUGGGAAAGUUCUUGUUUACUUUUGUCAGACGAAUUAUAUAGAGUUUAGCUAAUAUGAGUUCACAGUCCUUCAAAUAACAUGGAUUUAUCAAUAAUAUGAAAGUAUGACAGAUACUUGAACAUUGGAAUACUGAAACGAUAACAUAUUUCCCCCUUUUGUAUUUUAUUUUGGCAAGAAGUGUUUUGUAACACUAACAGAGUUAUCAGAACAAUUCUCACUAGUAUGUGGAGAGACAUUUUCCUUUAAAGCCCCAUUAAUACUGUUGAAAUAGUAGAGAAUAUGCUAAACAAAACUAAAAGAUAUUUUAAGAAGCAGCUCACUAAUCUUUUACUAUUUGGACAUAUUUAUUUUCAUAUUAAUUAUUUAAAGUCGGUUCAUUCUUAACCAACACAGUCGGUGAGAAGACAAUCAAGUAUAUUUUCUUGGUGGUAACAUGUUAACAGUAAUUUACACUAAAUAUCUGCCGCUGGUUUAACGAAUAAUACUGAUAUUAGCUGUGUCCAGUUAUAAUGCAGCGUGCCAAUCUAAAUUUGUACUUGGUAAUGGGAAAGAUUAGAGCAGUGUUUUUAGUAGAGGUGAACCACUGCAAUAACCAUCUAAUUCAGUUGUUGGAAUGGUAUGGUUUUGGUGCCAAUUUGUAUUUAUUUUAAAUUGUAUGUAUUAAUUUAAAUGUGCUUGACUAAGAUACGGCAUUCAUAUCUUUUAUGAAACAUGCAUUCACUUGUUUGCUGAUUGGGUUUUCAACUGCCUUUAUUAACAAAAGUGACCUUUUUCACCAACGUAGUUAAUGUAUUUGAGCUAUUUUUAUUAUUUCAGUUCAGUUAAUGAUUUUGACCAACACACUCUCAUGGAAAAAAGGUCUGGAUUCGUACGACUUUUCUAAAUUUGUCUAAUUCGUAUGAUAUCGUACGACCGCACUAGUUUGAAUUCCUAAGAGUUCACUACAGCCAAUGACGUCGCUGGACAUCGUUUCCAUCUAAUCCGUGACAGUUACUUGCUUCUGUCACACACAACAGCUUCCUAUCAUGUUUACACACUCUACUGAUUGGUUAAGUUUAGAUAAGGGGUUUGAGUAAGGGCAUAAUAUUAAUAAGUAUAUCCUUAACGCCUCGUGCGCGGAACUCGUGCUUACUUCUGCAUUAGACAUCCGGGAAUUUGCACGUGAUGAAGUCGUACGAGUUUAUGCGAACAACAAUGUGCAAGACCAUACGAAAUAGCCAACUUGUAAAUGUAUGUACGACUUUUCAUGAGAUUGUUCAUUUUGACAGUCAUUUGUGCACUUUAAAUGCAAUCAAACACAUAAUUCAGUGGUUCUGCUUUAUAUGUCACCAUAAUAAAGCAUCUGGGUGACAUGAAGAACAUCUGCAAAAGUCUACAAACUAAUGUGCCAAAAAUAUUCAACCACUGAACGUGAUAUUGCAUGAAAGAUAGCUAAAUGGUAAACUUUGUUUAAGAGUCCUGUUUCUCUUUUUAUUGAUUUUAGUGCAAAUCAGCAGUUUGUUAAAAACUGGAUCAAUUGUGGACCACUUUUGUUUUUAACUUGGAUCCUGAGUGAUUUGUAGUCAUUUGUUCAUUGUCUUUAGACAUUGUGUUGUCUCUGAAAACAUCUACGAUUCUGAAAGAUGCUAAUAUUGAUUUAAGAGGAGGCCAAACUUCUGUAAAUGCAUGUAAUUUAUACUGUGAAAUGGUUUGAUAUGGAGCUGGCACUCGAUGUUUGAAAAAUAAAAUAUGC